UAAAAACCAAAUAGUAAGGUCGAUUUGUUUCUGAUCAAACCGGCGACUUUGUACUGGGAUACUGAUAAUACUACUGACAAACGAGCACAGCACUCCCGCCUGCAAAAUUCUUGUUUUAAACACAGAAUAUUUGAGACAGAAGAAGAGGGAGAGAGGGGAGAGAGAAGAGUUAUGGCGUCGGACGUGGCGUGCUGUGGGACGAUGUUUUCGGUUUAUGUGGUGGUUAUAAUCGGGUUGGUUGGCUUCGCUGGGUUGAUGGCUGGCCUAACACUGGGUUUAAUGUCUUUAGGCCUCGUCGACCUUGAAGUACUCAUCAAGUCCGGUCGUCCUCAGGAUCGUAUUCAUGCUGCUAAAAUAUUUCCUGUGGUGAAGAAUCAGCAUCUUCUGCUAUGUACUCUUUUGAUUGGAAACUCUGUUGCCAUGGAGGCUCUUCCCAUAUUCUUGGACAAGCUUGUGCCUCCAUGGGCUGCAAUUUUGAUAUCAGUGACUUUGAUUCUCAUGUUCGGAGAGAUAAUGCCACAAGCAGUCUGCACCCGUUAUGGCCUGACUGUUGGAGCAACAAUGGCACCCGUGGUCCGUGUUCUUCUUUGGCUUUUUUUCCCUGUAUCUUAUCCAAUUAGUAAGGUUUUGGAUUGGAUGUUGGGUAAAGGGCAGGGGGUUCUUUUACGGAGGGCAGAGCUAAAGACUUUUGUGAAUUUUCAUGGCAAUGAGGCUGGGAAAGGUGGGGAUCUAACUCAUGAUGAGACUACUAUCAUCGCUGGAGCGCUUGAAUUGACUGAAAAGACUGCAAAAGAUGCCAUGACUCCAAUAUCAAAGGCAUUUUCCCUUGAUCUGGAUGCAACUCUUAAUUUGGAUACACUGAAUGCAGUAAUGGCCAUGGGUCAUAGUAGAGUGCCAGUUUACUUUGGAAGUCCAACAAAUAUUAUAGGCCUUAUUCUGGUUAAAAAUCUCUUAACAGUCGAUCACAGAGAUGGAGUUUCUCUGAGAAAAAUGAUCUUAAGAAAAAUACCUAGGGUGUCAGAAGAUAUGCCUCUGUAUGAUAUUCUAAAUGAAUUUCAGAAGGGUCAUAGCCACAUUGCUGUCGUAUAUAAGGUUUUAAACGGGAAAAAAGAGGGUGAACAGUUUAAGGACAGCUGUAAGAAGCCAAGAGGACAACCUGAGAAAUCAAUGAAAAAAGUUGACAGUGAGGAUAAUGCUUCUACCCAACAUUUGGGGAAUAAAUUGGAAUCAACAAAGAAAAGUCCACCAGCUGCUUAUGCCUUUAAGAAACGACAUAGAGGUUGUUCUUUUUGCAUUCUGGACAUUGUGAAUGCUCCUAUUCCUGAGUUCCCAGCCAAUGAGGAGGUUGUAGGUGUUAUUACCAUGGAGGAUGUCAUUGAAGAACUUCUUCAGGAGGAGAUACUGGAUGAAACUGAUGAGUAUGUCAAUAUCCACAAUAGGAUAAAAGUUAAUAUGCAUGCGUCUCAAGAAAAGGCUCCUGAUUCAGAUUUGUCACAACCAUCAUUCAAUGGCUCGUCUGCCAUACGGAGCUCCAACCCAACAUCACCAACACCCAUGGGUUUCACUGUCACUCAGAACUCCUCAGUCUCUCCUUCCUUGGUGGCCUCCACUCCAACUCUCUCAAUCUCUAGCAAUACUUCAGUCACAGGUUCACCCACCCCAACACAUCAUGUUUUAAAGGAGACUUGUUAAAGUAUAGAUGAAAAUUUGGGGUUUUCUCAUGCUUAGUCUUGAUAUGAUAAGUAAGGAUAUGAACCCUAUAAUGGAGUUACAUAACCCUCAAUAUACCUGGAAAAUUAGGUAGAAUGCAGCAAAAGGAUAUGGUGUUCUUAUGUAGAAAGGGGUGCUUUUCUUGUCAGAUGUGAUGAAAAUGAAAUUUCCACGGUUUCUACUGUAGGUUGAUGUAAAAUUAUUAAGUGAAUGAAAUUUUCAGUUCAUUUAUUGCAGAAGAA